AUGUCAUUUUUCCAGAACUUUAAUACUCAUUCUUUGAGAUCGACUAGAGGGUUUAAAUUGAAACAAACUUCUCCUAUAUCUUCACCCAAGCCAGUAUCGAACACGGCAUUUCCACAUACAGCAUAUGAUCAAGAAUCGAGUCAGCUUCCGUAUCAGACAAUAAAUUUGAAUUCCAAUGGUAAUGAGGGUCAACCUGUUUCCACCCACAAAGACAUUAGAAACUACGCGGAGCAUACCUUGGGUUCUGACAAUGCAUUGAUUCAAGCGGUUAAAUUGCCUCAGGAUGAGGAUUUGAAUGAAUGGUUGGCAAUCCAUGUGGUUGACUUUUAUAAUCAAAUAAAUAUGCUCUAUGGCUCAAUAACUGAAUUCUGUUCGCCUCAAACAUGUCCGAGAAUGAUCGCAACAGAGGAAUACGAAUACUUGUGGCAAGAAACCAACCCUACUUCUAAUGGAUCGACACUGCCAAAGAGACCGGUGUCAUUACCAGCUUGUGAAUACGUUGAAAAUUUGAUGAACUGGAUUCAAAAUUUUUUCGACAAUGAUAAUAUAUUUCCAUCAAAGAUUGGUGCACCUUUUCCCCAACAGUUUCCAUCACUAGUGAGAACUAUUUUCAAAAGACUCUUUAGGAUCUAUGCUCAUAUAUAUUGUCACCAUUUUCAUGAAAUAACGGAGUUGGGUUUACAGAGCCAUCUUAAUACUAGCUUGAAGCAUUUUGUAUUAUUUUCAAAUGAAUUUGCUUUGGUCAGUCAAAAAGACUAUGGUCCUUUAGAAGACUUGGUAGAGACAAUGGCAAAGAAAUAA